UCUCAGGUUUACAGUUCUAUAUAUACACAUGACAAAAAUACUGGACUUAAGAAUAUUCGUGUUUCGCAACCUAACUUCAUACAGAAAAUAUUUUGAAAUAAUUCUGCCAUUUAAUAACUGCACACAUAUCUCCUAUUGGUAAACCAGCAAAGACAUCAUUCAAUCAUGGAUUUAUUAAAUUCAUCAGGAUCAUCAGGACCGUCAGAUAUUUUAGUAACUGGGUACAAAUAUUCAGCUGUGGAUCACCUCCAUAGAACCUUAGUCCAGCUUUGUACCUGCGCAUUGCCUGUUACCCCGGAGAACACGAUACCUAAUAUUACAUUCUGUGAGGGUCUCCUUCCAUCAGAAUAUCCACAUCUUAACAUCAGUCAAUCCACCAAAAUUGUAUAUGUUGUCCGAAACCCAAAAGACAUCGCUGGUACACUUUACAGAAAUUCUGAUGAUUAUGAUGAUACUUAUUUAAGCGACUAUUUGAUCAGAUUCAUUAAUGGGCUGCCAGAUGGAAACUGGUGCCAGCAUACAAGAGACUGGAGUACUUUCUUAUCACAGCAUCCUACAUCAAAUCUACACCUUAUAUACUUUGAUGAUCUUGUAACGGACUUUGAACAAGAAAUAUCUAAACUGUGCCAAUUUCUCAACAUUGACAAAAAUUAUGUCAAGAUCUGUACAGUGUGUAUGUCAGUGAGAAAAGAGUCCGAGCAACCUGAACAAAAACGAAGAAAAUUACACCAUACGGAAAAUGACCAUGAUUAUAAUGAAAUAUUCUUUGAAGCUGGGAAAUGGAAGGGUCUUUUCACUGUGAAGUUAGCAGAAGAAAUGGACAAUAUAAUGCUGGAUGAGUUAAAAGACACCAAUUUAGACUUCCAAAAACUGCUACGCCCAUAUCUUUGAAUUAUUAAGUAUAAAAGUAUUCCUCAACAAGAUAUUACAUUGAAUAACUAUCAAAAGGCAUUCUGGCACGUAUUUCACUGCAUUUGUACAUGUUUGUAUGAUUUGAAUGUUUUUCUGCACUGGCUGGAGCCAAAGGUGAUUUACCUUUGCCACCAGUAUAGAGCAAAUCUGGAAACAAAGUGAUACCUCUGAAGCAUUAAUCACAACAAAAUUACAUGAAAAUUGCAGACUCGGUUUGAUUGAGUCUGUACAUGAGGGAUAAUGAAUAAGUGCAACAUCCCUCAUGCCCCCUAGCACUGGCUUGAGCGGAACUCAAUUCUCAACACUUAAUAGUGCAGGUAUCAAUGAUCCUGAAGGACCAGAAAAAUAUAACAACAUUGAAGUGAAGUACGGGGCAACUUUUUACAGCUGCCAUGCAGCACAUGACACCUGCUGUUGUGAAGUAUAUAAACCUGGAAACAAAGUGAUCCCUGUGAAGUGAUCACUGUGAAAUUAGCAGAAAGACUAUCUAGCUAAGUCUACUGCUGUUAGCUCAAUUUUUGUAUUUUGGUUUUAAAAUACCUUACACUUCAAAUGGACUGUUCCAAAUUCAAAGCAGAGCAAAUCCAAAAAUCAAGUGUCAGAUGGUUUUGGUAUAUCCUUUUAAUAGCUUUAAGAAGCUCUAUUGUGAGAUUAUAUCAUAGAGUAAGUUUUUCCUGGAACUAACCAGUACUGCCGCCAUAUUUUAAAAAUUCAGGGUAUUGACAUAAGUAGGGCUUAAUCUCAUGAAUUCCAGAAUAAAGGACAGAAUGCUACCUUUCAUACAUUAAAUAUAUAUGUACAAAGUUUUUAAAACAUUUACUUGAAUUAACUCUUAAAUUUACAAUAAAUUUAUUUGUUUGUUGUAGCCAUACCCCUAUCCCUUGGGCCUAGCAAGGACUUUGACACUAUGCUGGGAGGAAAGUUAAAUGGUUCUAACCCUCACUAAAAUCAUUCCAAUACCAUAAAAAGCUAAACUCUAAGCCUGAGGGUGGUUACUGGACUUACUCAAUGUCAUACAAGCCAGAAAUUUUAGGCUAAUUUCCAGGAAGUCCAGGACAUCCAGGACAUUAUGGCAUGUAGGUCCAAUGUAAACAGUGCAGGUCAAGAUCUGUGUCAUCUGAUCAUGGUCUGCACUGUCCAUGAUUCAGGCAGUAUUUAUUUUAAAUUCCCCACCCCCCAUUGAAAAAUGGUUUUGUUCACAUUAAAAGAUGGACAAGUCUUUUUAUGAUAUAAAGCAUGGUUAGGGUUAAUAAACAUGUUUAUAAUACUG